CAGAAAUAGAUUAGGUACCACUGGGAGACACCGCUGGACGACGCACCAAACUACCAAACUGCCUUUCUAGGUACUUAUAUGCCAAAGGUCACUUUACCAAUGUCGUGAGAACUAUGAGACGAGUUACCGUAUUCGAAGGCAGCGAAGCCCCCCUCAUUCAAUGCGACUAAGUAGAAGGAAUGCCUAAAAUUGAACCGACGAAGCGCAAUCGCGAUUGGCCGGCUAAAUUCAACAUCUUCUCGGGCCAUCAUUAUAAGCCGCAACCGAAAACGUUCUUACGGUGCGAUGUUGAAGUAAAUAGGAGGUAGUUGUCACUUAUUCUUAAAAGGAGAGCUGCUAAGAUACCUCCUACACUUGUUCAAUCAUCACAUCUUGCCGCCUGGGAAUACCAUUCGCUACUAUGCCGUUAGUUCGCAACCCGAUCUUGCCUGGGUUUAAUGCCGACCCGUCAAUACUAAGGGUCGGUAGCGACUAUUACAUCGCUACGUCUACUUUCGAAUGGUACCCCGGAGUGCAAAUUCACCAUUCUAAAGAUCUCGCAAACUGGGAGCUGGUCACACGCCCCUUAAACCGGAAAUCUCAGCUGGACAUGCGUGGUGACCCUGAUAGUUGCGGCGUGUGGGCACCCUGCCUUACCCAUGACGGCGACAAAUUUUGGCUUGUAUAUACGGAUGUGAAGCGCAAAGAUGGCUCCUUUAAAGACGCACAUAACCAUAUCGUUAGCGCUCCAUCAAUAGAAGGACCCUGGUCCGACCCGGUUUACGUCAAUUCGUCUGGUUUCGACCCCUCUCUCUUCCACGACGACGACGGUAAAAAAUGGUUCGUGAACAUGCUGCAAGACUAUCGGCGCCGACCCCGUUCUUUUGCGGGAAUCGUUCUGCAAGAAUUCGAUCCCGCAGCAGGCAAACUGGUUGGUCCGAAGAAAAACAUAUUCCGGGGCACGGAACUGGAUUUCGUGGAGGGGCCACACCUUUAUAAGAAGAAUGGAUGGUAUUACCUUUUGACGGCCGAGGGUGGAACUUCUUAUCACCAUGCUUGCACGCUAGCACGUUCCCGCGAUAUAUGGGGGCCAUACGAGGUGCAUCCGCAGAACCCUAUUCUCAGCUCCAAGGAUGCUCCGCUUGCUGCCUUGCAAAGAGCCGGUCAUGGCGAUAUCGUGGAAACGCCCGAAGGGCGGACAUACCUUGUACAUCUGACAGGCCGGCCAACAACCCAGGAGCGCCGCUGUGUGCUCGGUCGCGAGACUGCCAUUCAAGAAGCCUUUUGGAAGGACGAUUGGCUAUUUGUAAAGGAUGGCCCCGUCCCUUCGCUUUACGUCGACGUCCCUGGAGUGCGUGAUGAUACCCAAUACUGGGCGGAGCAAAGAUAUACUUUUGAUAACGGACUGCAUAAUGACUUUCAAUGGUUGAGAACACCCGAAACAGAUCGCAUCUUUGCUACGAAGGAUGGCAAGCUUAUCUUAUUCGGUCGGGAGACCAUUGGCUCCUGGUUUGAGCAGGCGUUGGUUGCGAGACGACAGACUCACUUCUCCUACGACGCCGAAACGACGAUCGAUUUCUCACCCACUGACGAGAGGCAGUUCGCAGGGCUUACCGCAUACUACUGCCGCUACAACUUCUUCUAUCUUACGGUGACGGCUCACUCCGACGGCCAGAGGGAACUGCUCAUUUUAACAUCGGAAGCCUCUUGGCCCGACGGCAAACUCAACAUGCCCCUUGCGGACCCUGUGCAGAUCCCCAACGAGGGAAAAGUAAAACUCGCGUUAACUAUUCGCGGUGGCCAGUUGCAAUUUUCCUACGCGUUGCAGGGCGACGAACUGAAGAAGAUUGGGCCGAUUUAUGACGCGUCUAUCCUUUCAGACGAAUGUGGUGGACAUCAGACCCACGGGAGCUUCACAGGGGCGUUUGUGGGAGUGGCGUGUUCCGAUGUGAACGGGACCGCGUUACCGGCUACCUUCGAUUACUUCGUCUAUCGCCCUGUUAAACACGAGACUGAUAGAUACGAUGUAUAAGGUAGGUAGGUAGUUAG